UAAAUAAAUCUCCCCUCUCUCUCUCUCUCGCAAUCGAUCUCAACGAACGAAGGAACUUAAAUAUAGAAACAUAAAAAGUUUGGUGGAUUUCGCAAGUCAAUCCGGAUUCAAUUUGCAUCUCCCAGGUUCCUAUUCAAAAAAAAAAAAUGUCCACUUACCAAGCUGAGGAUGCUGCUGCUGCUGCGUACAUGGACCAUGUUGAUGAUGAUGAUGAUAUGGACGACGAUUUGGACGAGGACUUUCAUGGGGAUGACAUGCCUGCUUCCGACUCCGAUGUUGACGAGUUUGACUACUCUAGUAAUAAAAUAGCUGAUACUUCAGCUGAGCAAGCCCGGAAAGGGAAAGACAUUCAGGGUAUUCCUUGGGACAGGCUUAGCAU